UUUGCAUAUGCUGUAGUAUUUACAAAUACGGCUGCAACUUCAGAGCUGAAAACGAAAGAUGGGGAAUAUUCACACUGUUGGGCCAAGUGAGGCUUUGGUAAUUUCAGGAGGCUGCUGUGGGGGCACAGGCCGUAAGAUGAUCGUUGGUGGCUGGGGUUGGGCCUGGUGCCUUGUCACAGAUGUGCAAACGAUCUCUCUGGAGGUAAUGACCUUGAACCCAGUAUGUGAGAGCGUGGAGACAUCUGAGGGUGUACCAGUGACAGUAACAGGUGUGGCCCAAUGUAAGAUCAUGCGGGAACCAGAGAUUCUCAAAACAGCCUGUGAGCAGUUUCUUGGCAAAUCUGUCCAUCACAUUGAGCACGUUAUCCUGCAAACUCUGGAAGGCCAUCUCCGUGCUAUCUUGGGUACACUGAGUGUAGAAGCUAUCUACCAGGAUCGAGACCAGUUUGCUCAGCUGGUGCGAGAAGUAGCCUCCCCUGAUGUUGGAAAGAUGGGUAUUGAAAUUCUGAGUUUCACCAUCAAAGACAUAUUUGAUAAUGUGCAGUACUUGCAAUCUCUGGGAAGGGCACAGACUGCCAAUGUUAAACGUGAUGCUGAUAUUGGUGUUGCAGAAGCCAACAGAGAUGCUGGAAUAAGGGAAGCUGAAUGUGACAACAAGAGAAUGGAUGCUAAGUUCACAGCUGAUGCAAAAAUAGCUGAUGCCUCCAGAGAGUUCCAGAUGCAGAAGGCCUCUUUUGACAUGGAAGUCAAUGCAAAGAAAGCAGAAGCUGAACUGGCAUAUGAGCUUCAAGGAGCCAAGGAAAGACAAAGAAUCAGAGCUGAGGAAAUUGAGAUUGAUGUUGUGGAGCGAAAAAAACAGAUUGAUGUUGAGGAGAAAGAAAUCAUGAGAAAAGAAAAAGAACUGAUGGCUACCGUGAAACGACCAACAGAGGCAGCUGCUUUCAAAACCGAACAAAUUGCAGAGGGAAAAAGGACACAAACUGUGGAGGCUGCCCGUGCUGAUGCAGAGAGGAUCAGGCUGAUCGGUGGUGCUGAAGCUGCAGCCAUCGAGGCAGUCGGUAAGGCCGAGGCUGAGAAAAUGAGAUUAAAGGCCUCAGCUUACAAACAGUACGGAGAUGCUGCUAUGCUUAGUAUGGUGUUGGAAACACUACCCAAGAUUGCUGCUGAAGUUUCUGCACCACUAUCCAAAACAGAAGAAAUUGUAAUGAUUGGAGAUGACCGCACCACCAGUGAAGUUAGUCGACUUGUCAGUCAGCUGCCACCAGCUGUGCAGGCCUUAACAGGGGUAGAUCUGUCAAAGGUCCUUGCAAAAGUGCCUGGCGCCAGCUCCUAAGCAGCAUCAUAAGUUUGUAGCAGAAAGAUUUCAAUGCCACACCUCUAAUAUUUCAAAACCCCUGCAGACUACAAUAGACUAAUCCAUUUCAUUCUAGAGGAAGUGAUACAAUGGUUUUACAGGAGUGAAACAGUUUUGUCAACAUGAACUCUAAUACUGACAUAAAUUGGCAAGAUAAUGCAGAUUGGUUAGCCUAUUGUGUUGUGCAAGAGAGUUUACCAGAAGACCUUUUCUAAAGUGUUUUCAGCAGUGUGUAGAUGUCCUAUUAUUUGCAUGCACGUUGUACAUAAUAUUGUAACUAUAGUUGGACUUAUUGGUUUUCUAGUAGUUACAGCAAUAUCAUACCUCCACCCUAAAUUACGGGUUUGGAUUCUCCUAUUCAACUGUAUAGAGAGGUCCAUGUAAACCAAGGGUGGACAAUUUUAAUUUUACUCAGAUUUAGAACCAUAAAUCAGAAUCAGAGUAAUGAUUGAAACCUGAACAACAUAUUAAAAAUCUUUACAAAUAUAUUUGAAGAUAUUAUGAAAAUGUUUCUUGAAAAAUUUUAAUAUCUUCUAUAAUUGAUCCAGGUUUACCAAAAAUGGAUAUUACAGAUAAAUACAUAAAAAAAAAUAUACAUGGAGCUCGUAAAUUCUGUUCGUCUUGAUAGAUUGAUUAAUCAGUGGUGUUAAUAAACCAAAGAUAGUGCUUACCACCAACAAUUUUAAUGUAGAUCUCAUUUCCAUAUUAAAUACUUUUACUUACAUUAAUGUUAAAGUAAGAUAAUGAUUAAUCAAAAUUUGAAGUAUUUUUAUCUUUCAGUAGUUUUCUUCUUUGGAUAUUGAUAAAGUUCUGAUGAAAUAGUUGAAAUAAAAAGUAAAGACUAGUUUCACUUUGAUUCUUAAGGAAGAUUGUUAAAAUGACAACUGGGACAACUGAAACGCUAACUUACAUUUUUACUUUAUUAUCACACACACAAAAGUAUUUCCUUUCAAAGUUUUUUACAAGAGACAUUCUAAGUGAAAUCAAUUCUUGCGUGCAGGAGAUAAAGUUUUGCUGUGCACAAAAAUUGAAUUGGGAAAUGCGAACACUAUUAGUAAGAUAAUAUCUUGUUGGCAGAAUCAUAUAUAGCAAUGGAAAGAGACAGGUCGUAAAAUAAUACUCGUCAAUGUUAUGGGUUAAAAUAUUUUCAAAGUAUUGUGGUGUUCCUUAUUUUCAUUACAAAUUACAUUUUGCUUUAUGCCUGUAUGUAGUAUACUAGUCAAAUGACUAAUGUAAUUAUUCAUCAUGUGUUAAUGCAUAAUUAUCUCGAAAAUCUUAAUGUUAAUCUUAGUUUGAAACCUUCUUAAGAAAUCGGCCAUUUCACAAUGUAAGGCAUGAUUGAGGAGUUCAGCUGAAUCUAAAUGUGUUUUUUUUUUUUUUUCCCAAGGUUAUUCAAGAUUCAAACAAAAUGACAAUGUUUUUCAUUUUGUGCUUUAGAAAUAAAACCUCAUCAGACUGACUCAUCCUUGAUACACAUAUCCUAAAACCUUUAUAAGUACUGUUUAGUUUUGGAAGGUUAUUGAAGGUCCAUGACUCCUGUGAUUAGUGAUUGUUAAUAUUUGAUUAACUCUUGGUUAUUUCAAUGACAUUCUUUCUGCAGAAUCACAGGAAUUAUUUAUUUUCUCUGCAUAGUUUACUUAAGUAUGUCCAGAAGGAAGUCUUUUUUAUUGUGACCGCAAAUCUUUUUCCAAUUUUCCAAACUGUUAUAUGUUACCACACGAAAGAUAAUUCUCUUAUCAUACAUGAAAUACAUAUAGCAUACUUUGAAUCACUAACAUAGAUUGAAGUUGUUUAUGAUUAUAUGAAUAAUUGGCUACUUUUUGCCUAAACGUGUCUUGUUGAAUACCAGGAAAAGUUAUGCUGUGUUUUAGUACACAGUAUGUUUAAUCCAGCCAGACACCAAAUCUUAUCAGGAAUUGUGUUAUAAUUCAAAUUUUAUCUGUUUUUAAACAUUUUUGUGGGAAAUUUCCCUUGAUACUCAUUAUUGUAAUAUAUGUAUCUGUUCUAAAUCUCCUGGUUCUGACCCUAAACGUAAAUAUUAUCUUUCGUAUUGUGUGGUAUUCAUAUUCAUAUCUUAACGGUAGUAAACUUAAUUAAGGAGAUUUUGUACAUUUUUACUGCUUUCUCCAAGUGACUUCUUGUGUGUAUAUAAUAUAACAGAUUUGUAACAGCAGCUAAACAUGCCACAAUAUCAUUGUUGUAAUGGAAGCAUGACUACUUUUAAUAUUUUACUUUUAUCAAUAUUGUCCAACUUUAUACUUAAAAUGUAAUAUUUCAUGGUAAGACUAGUGAUUUUAAACAUUUUAUCGUAUGAGUGCACAAUAAAAUGAAAUAAAAAUUUACCAUAUUUUUACAACUGGAGAAAAGAGUUUGAAUCACAUUGGAGAAAUAAAAGAAUCACUUUUUCAUUGAUAUUUAUAAAAAAUGAAAUUUAUUUAGAAAAGAAAAAUCAGGAAAGUCUUGGUUAAUGAAUAUUAUGUGCAAGUAAAAGUCUCUUAUGAAAAUUACAUUAGAAUACUUUGUUUGUUGUGGAAUAUAUUGGAUCUCUACUUUUUAUGGUUGUGCCUUGUGAAUUUUGUAAGAAAAAUAAUUUGGAUUAUAUUGCUAGCAAACAAGACUGUCAUCUUGUCCAUAUUAUGGUUGGGUCCACUUUCAUCAUAUUCUGAAGGAAAAGGCUAACAAUUCCUUUAAAUAUUGGCAUCUUUCCUUGCUGAAACGAUACUUUCUGGUAGAUUUUUGUGGCAUUUUAUGAUAUGUUAUAGACUAUGGCAUGAAGAAUAACUAAUGGCCUUUUUUAGUCUGUGUUACUUUUCAGCCCCCAAAAUAGGAUUUUUUCUUAUGAUUUGUGAAAAUAGGCAUUAAAAAUAUCUUCCGAUGUAUUUUACUUUUGAAUUCCACUUUUAGACUAGUGUAGGGGUAGUAGAUGUUCUUUGUCCCUUUGUUGUGAUAAGUUGCACAUGGACUAUGAUGUACCUAUAAAUGUGAGCUUUUAUCCCUGUUUAGAUACUUUUGAUAUCUGUCAUGGACCAAGGAGCAGGGAAAAUAUUUAAGACCAUAGCAAACUUCCUUGCAUUAACAAAACUUUGUGAAAGAUGUAGCAAGUUAUAUCCAUUAAAAAGAUAUUACUGCCUGUCACAAAUUAUGAAAAAUACAAACAUGUAUCACAAUACUUAGUAAGGUUUGUUUUACCAUUAUCUUAAGAUUUUCUUCAGAAGUUUAAGAAGUUGCUCAAGGGUAGGCCAGUUUAAAAAUCAGUCUUAUUUAUUUUAAAGAUUUGAAUUUCUAAUUUACAAAAUGUUAUUGACUGGGGUGUAGGUGAGGCAUUUUAUUGAUAACAUUGGGAAAGUUUGUUGAUAAUUUUCAUAUGUUAAUAUUAUAGGGAUGCGAAAUAGUUAAGAGAUGUUCAAAAAAGUUUUAAAUCAUGACAAAGCUAUAUGAAGUUAAUGUCUAUUCCAAUAAAAUAUUUAUUGCAGAAUAAAUUGAUAUUCAGUACAAAAGAUUAGUUUUAUCAUACUUGUUCACAAAAGAUGUUACAAAUGACAAGCUAAGAAAUAAAAGUGUAACGAUAAAUUGUUGUGGAAAAGUAUAGAGCUUAGAUCUACUACGUUCAAUUUUCAGUCACUGGUAAUCAUCUCUAUAUUUAUAGUAUUAAAAAUUUAUCUUUAAAUAAGGGUAUAAUUGUAUUAAAGAAUUUCAUGUUAAAGUAUUAUUCUAAUAUGAACAUUUUAAUUCAAGUGUACAUCAUCAUGAAUCAUUUAUCUGCAAUACUUUCUCCUAAAGGUGUGGGCUGUAUUUAGAUACAAUCAUUAACAGUGGUACAAUCCUGUAACAUACGUUUCCAUGUGCAUCUCCUUUGUAUAUUUAAUGUUAAUUGUAUUAUUGCUAUAAUAUAUAUACAACUUAGUGUAUCAUCUCUGUUUACAUGAAUUUGUUUAUAACAAUAAAAAAACCAUUAAAUACA